AUGUUGACCGGUGCUCUUUUAACCCUACUUUGUCCCAUCGCCACUUUGGCUGCCUAUGCCCCUCAUGGUAGAUCAUCCGAACCUCUAGUCAACAGAGCUGACGGUGGACAGACAUGUACCGUACAAUCCGGAGGUUCAAAUUCUACAGAUGACUCUGCAAGUUUCCGGGAUGCCGCCAAACAAUGCGCCAAUGGUGGUCAACUUGUGUUCAAGCAAGGAGUAGAUUACUAUUUCAAUACACCUGUAAAUGCUACACUCAAUAAUGUCAAUAUUCAACUUAACGGAAACAUCCAUCUUCCUCAAAACAUCACUUAUGUACAAGGUAUCGUGAACGGAUCAACUGGUGGCAAUGUCUGGUGGAUCAACUUGACCGGUGAUAACCUGAAUUUCACAGGUACAAACAAUCUGUCCACUGGAUGGGUUCAUGACGUGGAAGGCUACGGUCAACAAUGGUGGGAUGCUAAUCCCAAAAACGGAUCUGGUAUCGCUUCUCGACCGCAUUUGUGGAGAUUCAAUGUCACCAAUAGUUACCUGAAAAAUAUCAAGAUCAGGAAGCCUAUUGCAUGGGUAACUACCUUGAACGGGAAGAAUAUUGAUGUGGAAAACGUAUUCAUCGAUGCUUCUACCACUCCAAAUGGCGGUUUCCCUUUCAACACUGAUGGUUUCGAUGUAGCUGCUAAGAAUGUUCGAAUCAAUGACUUUACCAUUUUCAACGGUGAUGAUGCGGUGACCAUCAACAACGGUGGUGAGAAUGUUACCGUGACCAAUGGCUUCAUUGGUGGUCCCGGCUGUCAUGGAACCAGUAUUGGAAGCUUAGGUCAAGCUCAAGGUGUAUACCAGACCGUCAGGAACAUCUGGUUUGAGAACAUCAAGGUGCAUGGUUGUGUCUACGGGUCCAGAAUCAAGACCUACCUUGGUGGUCAAGGUAUCGUUCAAAAUGUUACCUUCGCCAAUUAUGAUGUAUCCAAUACUACUUUCCCCAUUUACCUCACUCAAAACUACUUCAAUCAAGGAAGUGCCCAAACUCAAAAUGGUGCAGGUGUCCAAGAAGGAGGUAAUUUCGGAGGAAGGGUUGAUAACUCUUCAGUCCUCAUCGAUGAUGUUACCUACAAAGAUUGGAUUGGCGAUAUUAAUACUUACCACCCAGGUGAUGGGUCUUGUGUUACCGAUCCUUGUUGGUACAAUGUUCCAGGAGCCGAUGGUACUCAGGCUAUCGUAAUUGGUUGUUCCAAUUCUACUGCUUGUUCAAACUUUGAAUUCCAGAAUAUCCAAGUUAUUCCUCAGUCUUACGCUGAUACCAAAAUCAACUGCACAAACCUUGAUCAAGGCAGUAAUCCCAAUCUUGGUAUCGUCUGUACCAACGGUACUUUGAUUUCCACAUAG